UUUUGUUCCCGUCUGCAGUCGCAAAGCCAGCAACGCAAUUACAUAGAGGAGACUCUCGGCACAACGACAUAGUGACUCGACAAUAUAGUGCAGACCAUCCUAAUCCCGCACCGCGUUUCUUUUCUCGGUACAAAUCGUCGAAUUUACAAUCGUUCUUACUACUGACAUCUACACGCUGCGGGAGAGGAGCGGGUUCGCAUUGGGAAGGGACCGAGAAGGAUUAUUGAUGUCCAGCUCGCCGCUGUCCAAGAAGCGUCGCUUGUCAGGAACAGAGACGAAGACGGGAUCCCACUGCUCCUCCUCUAACUCUGUCAGAACUGAUCUGUCCCACACACCUGCCAACGGCAUGGCUAAGAAUGGCAAUGAUGCUGAGAUUGAUGAAGGCCUGUACUCCAGACAGCUUUACGUGUUGGGCCAUGAUGCUAUGAAGCGCAUGCAAAACUCCAAUGUCCUCAUCUCUGGUAUGAGAGGUCUCGGUGUCGAGAUUGCCAAGAACGUCAUCCUGGGAGGAGUUAGAAGUGUCACCGUGCACGAUCAAGGAGUUGCAGAAUGGAGAGACCUCUCUUCUCAGUUUUACCUAAGAGAGGAGGACCUGGGGAAGAACAGGGCAGAGGUGAGUCAGCCCCGUUUGGCUGAACUCAACAACUACGUUCCUGUGACUGCCUACACUGGAGCACUCAAUGAAGACUACCUGACCAAGUUCCAGGUGGUAGUCCUGACUAACUCAACUCUGGAUGAGCAGCAGCAAGUGGGGGAACUCUGCCACGGCAAAGGAAUCAAGCUGAUUAUUGCAGACACACGUGGUCUGUUUGGCCAGCUUUUCUGUGACUUUGGGGAGGAGAUGAUAGUCUAUGACACCAAUGGAGAGCAGCCACUGAGUGCCAUGAUUUCCAUGAUCACCAAGGACAAGCAAGGCGUUGUGACGUGUCUGGAUGAAGCUCGCCAUGGCUUUGAGAGUGGAGACUAUGUUACCUUCACAGAGAUUCAGGGUAUGACGGAGCUCAAUGGCUGCCAGCCAGUGGAAAUUAAAGUUCUGGGUCCAUACACCUUCAGCAUCUGUGAUACAGCUGGCUUUACAGAUUAUGUAAGAGGAGGAAUUGUCUCCCAGGUUAAGAUGCCCAAGAAGAUCAGUUUUAAAUCUCUGUCCUCCUCUAUGGCUGAGCCAGAGUUCUUGAUGACGGACUUUGCCAAGUUUGAUCGUCCAGGACAGCUGCACGUGGGCUUCCAGGCUAUUCAUGCCUUCCAGAAGAAACACAACAACCUUCCUGCUCCUUGGUGUCAGACUGAUGGCGAUGAGCUAUUGACAUUGGCCAAGGAGGUGAACUCUGCCCAGACAGGAUCAGCCAAAGUGGAGCAGCUGGAUGAAGCUCUUAUGAAAAAAUUGUCAUAUGUUGCUGCUGGUGAUCUGGCCCCAGUCAAUGCCUUCAUUGGGGGUCUGGCUGCACAGGAAGUGAUGAAGGCAUGCACAGGAAAGUUUAUGCCUAUAAUGCAGUGGCUGUACUUCGAUGCCCUGGAAUGCCUGGCUGAAGAGGAAGGAGUCACACUCACAAAGGAAGAGUGUGCCCCUAGGAACUGUCGAUAUGAUGGGCAGAUUGCAGUGUUUGGCACCAAGCUGCAGGAUAUGCUUGCCAAACAGCGCUACUUCCUGGUUGGAGCCGGUGCCAUUGGCUGUGAGCUGUUGAAAAACUUUGCCAUGAUUGGACUGGCCAGUGGGGAGGGUGAGGUCAUUGUGACAGACAUGGACACCAUAGAGAAAUCCAAUCUCAACAGACAGUUCCUCUUCAGACCCUCAGAUGUUACGAAAAUGAAGAGUGACACAGCUGCUGCUGCAGUGAAGCAGAUGAACCCCUCUAUUAGGAUCACAGGUCACCAGAACAGAGUGGGCCCAGACACAGAGAGGAUCUAUGAUGAUGACUUCUUUGAAAGCCUUGACGGAGUUGCUAAUGCACUGGACAAUGUUGAUGCACGUAUGUAUAUGGAUCGGAGGUGUGUGUACUACCGUAAACCCUUACUGGAAUCGGGUACUUUGGGUACCAAAGGCAACGUGCAGGUCGUGAUCCCCUUCCUGACAGAGUCUUACAGCUCCAGUCAAGACCCACCUGAGAAGUCCAUCCCCAUCUGUACCCUCAAGAACUUCCCAAAUGCCAUUGAACACACACUGCAGUGGGCCCGUGAUGAGUUUGAGGGGCUGUUCAAGCAGCCACCAGAGAAUGCUAUGCAGUACCUCACAGAUCCCAAGUUCAUGGAGCGUACGCUGAAGCUUCCAGGAGCUCAGCCUAUGGAGGUGCUGGAGGCUGUUUACAAGAGUCUUAUCACAGAUUGCCCUCACAGCUGGGCUGACUGCGUCGCCUGGGCUCGCAACCACUGGCAGUGCCAAUACAGCAACAACAUCCGUCAGCUACUGCACAACUUCCCCCCAGAUCAGCUCACCAGCUCUGGUGCCCCCUUCUGGUCUGGUCCAAAGAGGUGUCCUCACCCCUUAGAAUUCAGCACUAGCAAUGAGUUGCAUAUGGACUAUAUUAUGGCAGCAGCCAACCUGUUUGCCCAGACAUACAGCCUGCCAUGCAGCACUGAUCGUGCAGCCGUGGUUAAGAUCUUGCAGGAGGUCAAAGUGCCAGUCUUUACCCCUCGUUCAGGGGUUAAAAUCCACGUAUCUGAUCAGGAGCUGCAAAAUAGCAAUUCCUCUGUUGAUGACUCCAGACUGGAAGAGCUGAAGACCCGGUUGCCUUCCUCAGAGUCUUUCCAGUUCAAACUCAACCCCAUUGACUUUGAAAAGGAUGACGACACCAACUUUCACAUGGACUUCAUCGUGGCAGCCUCCAACCUGAGAGCAGAGAACUAUGACAUUCCUCCUACAGACAGACACAAGAGCAAACUGAUAGCUGGCAAGAUUAUUCCAGCCAUCGCCACUACCACGGCUGCAGUGGUGGGCCUGGUGUGCUUGGAGCUCAUCAAGAUUGUCCAAGGACACAAGAAGCUGGAGUCAUACAAAAAUGGCUUCAUGAACCUGGCCCUGCCUUUCUUUGCCUUCUCUGAGCCCAUCGCUGCCCCAAGACACAAGUACUAUGAAAUCGAUUGGUCACUGUGGGAUCGCUUUGAGGUCACAGGGCUGCAGGCCAGUGGGGAAGAGAUGACACUCCGACAGUUCCUGGACUACUUUAAAAAUGAGCAUAAGUUGGAGAUCACCAUGCUUUCUCAGGGAGUGUCCAUGCUCUAUUCAUUUUUCAUGCCUGCUGCCAAACUUAAAGAGAGGCUGGAGCUGCCGAUGACGGAGAUUGUGACUAAGGUGUCCAAAAAGAAGCUGGGCAAACACGUGAAAGCCCUGGUGUUCGAGCUAUGCUGUAACGACCUUUCAGAUGAAGACGUGGAAGUGCCCUAUGUCCGAUACACCAUUCGCUGAGCUGCAUACUGAGCCCACCCACGGGAGGGUGGGAGUUGCAGGGGGCGGUGGUGUUCUAAGUGGGGAGGGGGGGGACCAAGGUGGGGAUUUUGGGGUGGGGGGGGGGGUUGGUUGAUCUAGGUCAGCUCUGUUGGAUCAAUCAGUUUCUUUUUUUAGGCCUGUGGUUUGUGUAAACCUGUGCCUGAGUGUACAUAGCCCCAGUAAGCUGACUAAAGGAUACCUGUAUGUGUGUUAGGGAUCCAGUUGGUGCUUGGCUGUGGGAACAGGGGUGUCAUCGGAGGAAGGGAGCACGUAUACUGGACAUCCUGGUGUUUCUCAGUAGCAGAACCUCUCCACUCGAUUAAAUAAGCCUUAGCGGUUUCUUGGUACUUCAUAGUGUCCUUCUCAAACAUCCUCACAGUCUCUCUUUAACAGUACAGGAAGCAUCGUUUAAUCCAGCCCAUUGUUUGCCCUACACAGUACUUGCUCUCUUCCCUCUUCCCACCCCUGUCUCGUAGACCUGGUUCCACAUUACUGUUCUUUUUUUCUUUUUAUUUUGUCCAAACAUGCACCUCAUUAAAUAAAAGAUGGCCACCCCAUAAGAUACCGAUAAAGCCCAAGUCAACAGCCUUUUCUGACUGGAAAUCAUGUCAGAAGAAUGCCCUUCCCAGUUUGAGGCACCAGUACACCCCCAUCACAGCACUCUGGCUUCGGAGGGGCUCUUGCACAUGACAUCGGUUUUGUCUUUAUUCUCUUUAUAUUUCAUGUGUUGUUUUCUAUUUUUUUUUUUUUUUUUUGGGGGGGGGGUCAGACAAAGUUUUGGGACACACACCUGGUAGAUCAUAAACUGUCUUUCUACUUUGUUAACUCCAAAUGACAUAACAGUGUAAGAGCAAGGCAAUGAAAUGUAUCUUGAAAUGGGAGCACUUAGUGUGAUAGUGAAUAAACAUGUAAAAACAUGCUUAAAA